AUGGGCAAUUACUCCAUAACUCCGAAUAUAUCUGAAGGGUUAAAUCCUGUCCCAUCUCCUUCCCCGCCCGACACUGACCAUUUCAAAGGUGAUAGAAAGAGAAAACUGUGA